AUGGGUGGUCAUGAAGACGAAUGGGACAAUAUCCGUAAAGAGUUAAUGAUUGAACUAACUGAGUAUGAACAAUAUUACUCCUAUGUGAUUGGCGAUGAGUGCUUACGCAUUCACGAAGCACUAAAUUUUUUCCAAAAGGGCGUCUUUGCACCAGUUGCGCAUUGGAUUGUUAUGCCUGAAAWGGGCAUUCUAACGGCUUCAAGGUUCAAUGUCAUACUGCAUGUUCUCAUUAUGGCAGGUAGUGUGACAUACUUACCGUUUAGGACACAACCUCCGUCGUCAUCUCAACACGUGGCAAUUGCAAUAGUGCAUGUUGAUGGUAACCAUUACAUAAAGGUGGUAUUAAAUGGAGAAUAUCCAAUGUCCAUACUUACACACCAUUGGACUCGUUAUCGUUUUGAAGAUGCAAGUACAUGGAUUGUCCCGUAUCAACAUAGAUUCAAUGCAUAUGAAGAAUAUAUAGAGCGUACUCUUACUCGUGAAUAUGUUGAUUUAACAUGA